AGUCUCUGGCGGGGAGUGGGGCACGUUGCUCGUCCUGCAGCUUGCCCCGCUCUACUAAUGUGCCGGGCUGUCCCGGGAGGCCUCUGACCCUUAGGGGCACCCGCUGGGCGAUGGGGACCUUCGCCUCCCGCCACGUGAGCUGUGAACCAUGUCCCGCGCAACCUCUGACUCUUCAAAGUUGUUUUUAAUAUUUAAACGAUAUUUGGCGUAGGAGGAUCGCAUAGAGUCAGCAAGAUCUCGGGUCUCAAUUUAGACUCGGGGUGCUGGGGACAUGGCAUCCGUGGAGGACACUCGACAGCGAGCGUCCAAUCGUUGCCUGCCGAGUGAAUCCGCAGCGCUUAAACCCCGUCACCUGGCUGGCGGGGGGCCGGGCCCUGGAGUUCUUUUCCCCCGGGAGCCCACGCCCCGAUGCUGGGGUGCCCCGGUGCCCCCGCGGGCGCCUGGAGGCCUAGGGCUGCCCCACAAGACGGUUCCAGCAGGGAAUCCCUGGCCGUCCCGACCUUCCUGGUCCCUGGGGACUCGCUUGCGGAGGAGCCCGGUCCACGCGCGGCGCCUUUAAGGCUUCGCCACUCGCGCCUCCAUCACGUGACCUGGCCGUCGCUAGGCAACAGGACGCCGCCGAGUCCAGCUUCCCGCGGGAGGCGCAAUGGCAGAGGAAAGCCCCAGAUCGUGCGAGGAGCCUGUGGAGCCCAAGGCCACGGCCCCUCCGGAGAGGACCAGCGACUACUACCGCGUGAGCGCGGACCUGCCGGGCCGGUUCAACAACCCGGGGUGGUUCCGGGGCUACAGCACCCAGAAGCCUGUCUCAGUGUACAGGACCAGUAACCAGGCUUACGGGAGCAGAGCCCCCACCGUGCACGAGAUGCCCAAAGUGUUUUAUCCAAAUUCAGAUAAAUUUUCCCAACAACUUGCAGCGGGUGGAAUGUUCCGGAACAACACAUUCAAUGUUUACAUGGAGAAGAGCAUCGUGACUGGCCCCGAUAACUACAUCACUCCCUGUGACCGGCUCAACUUCCACCCCAGUUACAACAGCAGCAGGCCGUCCAUCUGCGAUUGAGGGGCUGGAAACCCCAUUCAGGGUCCUCUGACCCCAGGGGCCUCCAGAAAAAUCAUUGUCCCCCAUGCACCCAGUUGUGACAGCACAGACCGCACCGCCUUCCCUGAAAAUAUUCGUUUUUCCACGGAGUAGAAAAAUAUACAAACGGGGCUGUGAAGUCUUGCUGUUUCAGGUCUAAUAAGUACACGGGAAAGAUGCUCAUGGUUGACUUCGCAUUAAAACCGUUGUCACAUCCUGA